GAAAUCUUUGCUGCAUAGCAACCUACGAUAUUUUCCAUGUUAUUUACAGUCGCUCAGCCGGCGGCUUUUAGUUGCCUGGACAACGUUUCCUAAAUUUGUUUACAAUCCUUAGCAAUCUUUAGUUUUCCUUUGAGCUGCAAGUGAAAAUUUCGUUAAGGCUUAAAGAUUCUAGAAAUAUUCACAAUGUUGCUCCAAAAACGACGAGAAAAAUUGAACAAGCCCACACGUUGGGAUCGCAUACGCAAGCGUCAGCUGAAUGCCAAUGGCUUGGGCCUCAAAACGGAGGCAGUGCGUCGCUUCAUCGAGCUGGACUACGUGGAUCAAAGGCAAGCCAAGCUGCUCGUCGAUGGCCACCCUCAAAAUCAGCUGAAUCCGAGUGUUAUAAUGGAUAUGCGGCAUGAGAUGUUUUCGAAGAUUCCGCGUCAGCUGCCGCUGGCCACAGUGGCUUAUGGCAGCAAUCUGGACACCACCAAGGCGCACAACUUGGAAGUGGAGCAGCGUUAUAUGAACAAUCAGCUGCAGAAGUUUCGACAGCAGCUGGCCAGGCAGCAUCCACGCCUGGAGGAGCGCAAGAUACGCGUGCGACCCACCAAGCCGGACUUCAAGCUCAAUCAUGGGCCGCUGAUGCAGAGCUUGACGCAGGCAGCUCAGCACAUUGAUAACUUCUACAAGACUCCUGUGGAUGCUUUGAGUCAGGCAGCGCAACUGUGCUCCCUGCGCAAGCAGCUGGCGACGACAGCGUUGUUGCAGCAGCUGGAAGCACAGCCCGAGCCGGAGGCUGAGGCGGAUACGGAACAGCAGAAUUGGAUGCAGGUCAAGUCGACGGAGGUGCAGGCUGAGCUGCGCGAGGAGGUGGACAUGCUAGAGUAUCGCAAGUUUGUCAAGCAGCUGCAGUUGGACGAGAGCCGGGAUCAACUGCUCAAAAGGUGCCGCACGCCCAGUCCUCUCCUGACCACGGAGGAAAUGUUUCGGCCAAUGCGCGCGGCAGCUGAGCGGCAAAGGCAGCACUUGCAGGAGGUAAGAGCGGAGGAGGACCAGCGGGAGCAACAGCAACCAAGGGAGCAGACGCUGCAGCGCGAGGCAUCCACUUGCUCCAAUACCAGCGAAGGCAUUGAUUCUGUCAUCUCCGAUCUGGCCGAGGAGGCGCUGUACGAGCUGCAGAUGGAGGCGGCAGAACAGGACCAACAGCAACUGGAUGAGCAGUUGCAGCAAGUAGAAGUGGAAGUGGUAGAAACAACUGUCGACACAACUAUCAAGCUCGUCAAGUUCCAUCUGCCGACGCCCGAGUCGACGCCGUCGCCCACGACCUCGUCCGUAGAGCAGCUGCAGCCUUUGCUCAUCCGCCGCAUUGAAAUACCGAAAGUUGUGCUCCAGCCCAAGCAUGAGGCGGAACAGUCAGAGGAGAAUCAGCCGCUGGACAGCUGCUCUGAUGCAGCAACUGUUGAGAAGGAAAGGAUUAUCGGAGAGCUUUUCCAUCCACGCAGCGAAAUGGAGCUCGACUGCCUGCGCAAAUACUUUCUCAAAUGGAUACACUACACGACCAUGGAGAAGAUUGAGCGAGAGCCAGGGAAGACGCACGUGAAUCGCGCUGCAAAGAUCAAUGCGUUCCUGGACAAGCUCAGGCAGGAGAAGAGGCGACAGCGUAACAAUAGACGAGCCACAACGCCAACUGAUCCGGAUAAGCUAGCUCAGCGUUCGGUAGAACAGCGCCAGGAGGCCAUCAGGAUGACCAAGCAGUUUAAGACUAAACUCAAGGUGCAGCAAGACAUCAUUGACUUGCAGCGCGUCAAGCUGGAGCGGCAGGAGCGUCUGAUAAUGCAACUCAAGCUAAACAAGCUGAGCGAGGAGGCCAAGGCGGCACGUGAGGAUCUCAAACAGGAACUAAAGACUGUCAUACGCUGCGGCGAUCCCAAGGCCAAGGCCAAAGCCAGAUGUCUGCAACUAAUUGGCAGUCUGCGCGAUACCGAGGAUGAGGAGUUCGAAAGACUGCAGGGCAAGGCCUUACUGCAGCCACGUUUCCUUCAGCACAUGCAGGAUCGAGCGCUGGAGCGCAGCGUGCGGCAUGAGCAAGCGCGUCAACGCAGAGCACAGGCGGAUGCAGAGAGAGAGGCCGCCAAGCUAGCUAUAGAGGAAGCAAAGCGCCAGGAGGACGAGGAGGCCAAGCGCCUGCGAAUGGAGGUGCUGAAGGAGAAACGCCGCCAGGAGAAAAUGGCAAAAGUACUGAAGGAGCGCGAGCGCCAACGCUUCCUUGAGAAUCAGCGCAAGGCUCUUGAGUUUAGUCGCCGUCUGUUCCUGCGCCUGGGCAUGGAGUGCUUCAAGCGCCUAAUUCAACGCAAGCGGGACAAUCUGGUCAAGUGCGAAGAGUUCUGCCGUCGCCUCUACAAGCGCAACUUCUUUGUGGAAUGGCGCAAAUGUGCGGAGUUCAGCCUACAGCAGAAGCACAUACGUGCUGAAGUAUGCUAUGAGAAGGCGGUAAAGCGCAGAGCUCUGCAAACAUGGCGUCUCUAUGCCGUGGAGCAGCGCAACAAGCUCCUGGUAGCCAUCGACUGGCAUGCUCUGCAUUGCACGGAUCGUUGGUUCGGACGCUGGCUUAGCUACACUACCAGCUGUCGUUUGAUUGAGGACACGAAAAUGCAGCAGGCCAUCUCACAUCAUGAAUGGCAUCUUAAGUGGAAAGUUCUGGACUGUUGGCGACGCUUGCCGCAAAUUUUGCGCUUGGAAAAAGAGACGGAGGAGCGACGACAGCGUUGGCGCAUGAAGAUCUGGGAGCUGCUGCCCGAUUACAAACCAAGGGAGAAUAGUUUAUGGUAGCUUAAACUUUUUUUUGUAUUGUAAACAAAAAAUGGCUGCCUGCGUACAGUGGUGGCACAACAAGUAGAUCUACCGGUAAUCAAAAUA